GGCAGGAAGGGAACUGGUCGGGUCACACUCGCUGGGUUUGUGCCUCUGACUCUCGGGAGAGACGCCUGAGCGGCUCCACCUGGCUUUGCCCCGGGACUCCCUUCCGGUGUAAGGCCUUGCUGUGAAGUAGCCGUCCGCGGCUCUUGGACUCCUACAGCCUCCGGAGGCAGGUCCUCAGCGCCGUUUCAGGUCCUAGACGCGCCCCGCCUCCUCGCCGACGCUGAGCCAUGGCUUCCAUGGGGCUGCAGGUGAUGGGCAUCGCGCUGGCCGUGCUGGGCUGGCUGGGCGCCAUCCUGAGCUGCGCGCUGCCCAUGUGGCGGGUGACGGCCUUCAUCGGCAGCAACAUCGUCACGUCGCAGACCAUCUGGGAGGGCCUGUGGAUGAACUGCGUGGUGCAGAGCACCGGCCAGAUGCAGUGCAAGGUGUACGACUCGCUGCUGGCGCUGCCGCAGGACCUGCAGGCGGCCCGCGCCCUCAUCGUCGUCUGUAUCAUCCUGGCCGUGUUUGGCGUGCUGUUGUCGGUGGUGGGCGGCAAGUGCACCAACUGCGUGGAUGAUGAGAGCUCCAAGGCCAAGAUUAUGAUCGUGGCCGGCGUGGUGUUCCUGCUGGCCGGCCUGCUGGUGAUGGUGCCCGUGUCCUGGACGGCUAACAACGUCAUCCGUGACUUCUACAACCCCCUGGUAGCCUCGGGCCAGAAGCGGGAGAUGGGGGCCUCGCUCUACGUGGGCUGGGCCGCCGCUGGCUUGCUGAUUCUUGGGGGGACCCUGCUCUGCUUCAACUGCCCGCCACGCGACAACAAGCCCUACUCCGCUAAGUACUCCGCCGCCCGCUCCGCCCCAGCCAGCAACUACGUCUAA